AUGGAGUUAAAGGGGGACACUUCAGAGAAGCUGUGGGGGACAGAUAGAUGGGGAACGCCGGGGGGGGCACCGUCUGACAUUGCUCCCCCCCCUCAUUGCUCCCCAGCGCUGCCGCAGGACACGGUGCUGGGCCGCCCCGGUGCCAACGUGACGCUGCUGUGCCGGGAUCCGGAGCCGCCCAACGGCACCGUGCUGUGGUCCGGGAGGAGGCGGGCGUUGGGGGGGGGCAACGCGCUGCUGCUGGGGGGGCUGCGGCCGGAAGACGCCGGGCGGUACAGCUGCCACCAGGGGGGUCACACGUUGCGCACCGUGCGUCUGCUGGUGGAAGAGCCCCCCGAGCCCCCCCACGUCUCCUGCUCCCGGCGCAGCCACGACAAAGAUGUGCUCUGUGAGUGGCAGCCGCGCGCAUUGCCGGCUCCGGGCACGCGGGCGGUGCUGUGGAUGAAGCGCAGAUUCACAGCGGAGAACAUGACGGAGCAGCGGUGCCACUUCUACUCCGUGGCGCAGAAAUUUGUCUGUCGGGUGAAGGUUCCGCCUGGCACCGAAGACACCAAAGCCCUCGUGGUGUCUGUCUGUGUCAGCAGCCGUGCAGGGAGCAGCACUGGGGAGGACCGCAUCAUCACCCUCAAUGGCAUCCUGAAGCCGGACCCCCCCCUGAACGUGAGCGUGGAGGCAGUGGAGUUUUCCCCUCAGCGGCUGCGCGUGCGCUGGAGUUACCCCCCCUCCUGGGACCCCCGCUUCUAUUGGCUGCGCUUCCAGGUGCGCUACCGACCCGAGCCGACCCCGACCUUCACCCAGGUGGACCAGGUGACGCGGCUGUGGAUGGAUAUUGGCGAUGCCUGGCGGGGCACCCGGCACGUGGUGCAGGUGAGGGCACAGGAGGAGUUUGGGCACGGAGCGUGGAGCGAAUGGAGCCGGGAGGCGGUGGGCACCCCUUGGACAGAGCCCCGGGAUGUCACUGAGAUGGGGCCCUACAGCUCGCAGUUCCCUGCUGAGGACGAUCCCUAUGGCUAUGGGGUCACGCUGCCACCCGAGCUUUUCAGCGAUGACACCACUGAUGAUACCAGGGGGGCUGUGCUGGAGGCCACCGCCCGCUCCCCCACGUCCCCCUACGCCCUCCUGGUGGCGGGGGGCAGCCUGCUGCUGGCCAUCGCCCUCUGCUUCGCCAUAGGGAUGAGGUACAAGCAGAGGGCACAGGCGCAGCGGGGGGCGAAGCUGGGGGGUGGGGGGCAGCACCCAAUGGUACCCCUUUGCCCCCCCGGUUCCCCGCUCAGUUCCACCCCCCUGCUGCCGCCUGCCGCCCCCCCCGGGCCUCUCCAUGUCACCAAUUUGGAUUAU